AACGUUUAAACAUGCUUGUAGUUUCAUAUAUUCACACAUUCUGUGCCAUUCCGUACCAUGUUGCCCCCAAUAUGCCACCAGACUGCAAAAGCACGAGGUCUUUCGACAAAGAGUGCCCGACCGAAAAGGUUGCGCCUUCAUCCGUUGCUAUGGAAACCAGUGACAAACAUUGCCAAACAUUUAUCGUGAAGAGGGAGAAGAGCGGAAUAGUUCGUGAGGAAUUCGCUUUGGAGCUGAUGUAUGACGAAACUGUGGUGGUUAACGCUCAAGAAAUAGACAGUCCUUCGAGUUCCGACGGAGAGGGCGUGGUGAAAGCCGCAAUGGCGAAGUUCAAUCCUCCCGUGCGACAUACUGCAAAACACGACUUCGAUUCCGAGAGCGAAAGCGAGUCUGAACAGGAGAAUUUCUUGGACAAUGUUUCCGGAGAAGAUCAGCAGUCCCCAGGCCGGAAACCACAGCCUUUGCAAACAGUCAACAAAUCGGCCAGACAAAUUGGCCUGCCGAAACAAUCGUCCAAAGAAAGUUCCAGUGGUAAAACUAAACCGACAGCUAAACGCGACGAUUCUUCGAAUUCUGAUAUCUCUCAACUAAGCGAAGAGACAGAUAGUGCAGAUCUGGAGGCUGAUGGUGCGGAAGUGGCAAUGGGGAGUGGGCGCAAACGAGGGGUGGGAGUGGUCGUCCCGGCGGAGGGCGCAUACGACCCUAAGCAGUAUCAGGAUCUGAAAGUUCCUGCGGAGAUUGAUAAUUUGUUCCAAUAUAUUAUGAAGUACACGCCACAAAAGAUCGACAUAGAUUUCAAACUGCAGCCAUUUAUACCAGAGUACGUACCUGCUGUGGGCGAUUUAGAUGCGUUCAUAAAAGUGUCCACGCCCGCUUGUAACGUGCGCGCCGCGCCGCUCUCCGAACGCGUGCUCGAGCAUAUUGAUAACUUAGGUCUGACCGUCCUGGACGAACCGGCAGCAGAACAGAGCGAUUCGGCCUUGCUACAUCUGCAGAUGAGAGCUAUUUCGAAGAUUAGCAGUACUAAAUCCACAGUGUUGACGAAGAAGAUAGAGAACGCUGAAAAGAACUCCAAAGCCGUAGACCGAUGGAUCAAAGAUGUCAGUGAACUGCAUUUGUCCAAGCCCGCUCCAACUGUUACUUAUACAAGUAAAAUGCCAGAUAUCGACAGUCUAAUGGAAGAAUGGCCUGAAACCAUAGAAGAAACCCUUAACGAAGUCGGGUUCCCGCCUCCCAAUAUAGACUGCUCACUGUCACAAUACGUCGACCUCGUAUGUGGACUCUUCGACAUACCAAUCGGAGGAGACUCUUUGAACGAUAGGAUACAGGCGCUGCACUUAUUGUUUAGUUUAUAUUCUGCUGUGAGGAGUUCUCAACUGUACGCUGAUAGACAGAAGGAGAAAAAUGUCGAAAAUAUUUAGUGUUUCAGUAAAUAAAGCCUUGAUA